AUGGCCUCCAGCGCUGUCCAGAAAUUCCGCCCGGUGGUGAUCUCAGGGCCUUCGGGCACUGGUAAAUCCACGAUUCUCAAAAGGCUCUUCGCCGAGACCCCGAAUACUUUCGGCUUCAGCGUUUCGCACACUACUCGUGCCCCUCGCCCCGGUGAACAGGACGGAGUCGCCUACAACUUUGUCUCUAAAUCCGACUUCCUCGAUCUCGUUUCCAAAGAUGGCUUUAUAGAGCACGCUGAGUUUGGCGGCAACCACUACGGUACUAGCAAACAAGCCGUGAAGACCGUUGCAGAGCAGGAGCGGAUCUGUGUUCUUGAUAUCGAGAUGGAGGGUGUGAAGCAAGUCAAGCUCAGUGAUCUCAACGCUCGCUUCCUGUUCCUGGCACCACCGUCCCUUGAGGAGCUGGAGCGUCGCCUGCGCGGCCGCGGUACGGAGACCGAGGAUAGCCUGAACAAGCGCUUGGCACAGGCAAAGAAUGAGCUCGAGUAUGCGAAGCAGCCGGGUGCCCACGACCGGAUUGUUGUCAAUGACGAUCUCGAGAAAGCCUACAUCGAAGUGAGGGAUUGGGUGGUGGAUGGUGGCCGAUUUGGAGCGCCACAAUAG